AGUGCGUGGUGCUUUUUUUGAUAAAGAAAGCUGUUAAGAAAAAGAACUUGCCUCUACUUUAAUUGUCAAAGGUACUAUUUAUUCUACGAAGUAGUGGUGGCUCUUGUGGAUUUGCCAGCGGGCCACAUCUCCACGUUUAUCAACCUAGUUGCUAUCACUUGCCUACUUGCCGCAUAGGUUGCCACGCCGAUAUCGCAAGUUAAUUUUCUCCUGUGUACAAUUACAACUGCAUGUGAUAAAACGUAGUUUUUCACCACUGCUCAUUGCCAUUGGGGCUCUGAUAAUUCUCUAUUAUACUCGUGACGACGAGUCGGAGUCCUGAUUCCGUAUACACGACCCAUCACAAUACAUGUAAGCGAGCCUUGAUUCUUGCCGCUACAACGGUUCACGUACGGAUUUGCAUUGCCUGUUUCACUUCCGUUGACAUAUUUUUUUACUACCUACUGACACCCUAGUAGGCGCGAGUGAUCAUCAUGUCAACAUCCUCCUCCGCUGCAGCUCCAGUGGAGGAGCCGGUGGUAGCUUCCAGCACGACGAAGAAGGAAGUGGAGGAGCACACGGUGACGGUGGAAACCACCGUCGCGCAGGAGGGCGAAGAGACCGUCAUCGUCUCACCCAAUGUGGAUAAAACAACGGAGGAACUGGAGUCCUCACUGAAACUCAAUUUGUUGGGGGUACUUGUUACUAUGUAAUAUGUUGCACUUUCUUAGGCUGAAUCUGACGAGGCUGAGCCUGAAGAUUCAUUUUGUUUUCGGCAACUAGCUCGAUUCCAGGAGAUGCAGUUGUAUGUAUAUGCUCUAAAAAAGAUCAUGUCUGAAUCCAUGAACAAAUAAAGCGCACACUCACAUCUUGACAGUCAAAGAAAGGGACGAAAGUGAGUCUCGACGUCAGUCAUCAUGCUACUUGUCUCGAGGCGGUCGAAGCGGGUGUGACUAGAAGUAAGUAGCCUGUAUGUCCUCGUACACCGAAGAAGUCAAUUCUGCUCUUCAACACUGCAUGUAUGGUUGAAUCCGCACCACUUGGUCUGCUAGUAUUAAAGUAAGUACUUACGUACUGGCACUUCUCCAGCUUCACAUGCAGUCGCUCCAAAACGAAGGUAAUUACGGACCAAGCAAUGGAUCAAGCAAAAGAGGACGUCGAAACCGGCACACCCGCAGAACCGACUUCACCAGCGGCCCAUGCACGGUUAGAGGGCGAGCACAGCAUGAGUCAGGUAAUCUUGCCUAAUAUGCUCCUCGACCGCGAAUAAAGCAUGAUCUUUAACCUAAGCUAUCGCCAUCGUUACGCUUCUCGCUCUCCAUUUGUUGUGAAGAACUGAAACAAAUAAAGCAACGCAUUUUUGAGCGCCAAGAACACAAAAAUAACAGAGCUGGAUGGUGCCAGGGAAGGCUGCGCACGAGCAUGAUGAUCGAGAAGUGCAACUGUAUGCCACAGGACAUAUCGACAGAAGACUCAAGCGACCAGUGUAUGAAAUGCCAGAAGCGGACGUAGUCCGAAAAAUGAAAGCGGGACCAACGUACAUGAAGGAAGAUGUGCUUUUAGUUUUGAUUCACUUUCAUACUAGAUGACGAUGAUCAACAUCAAUUUGUGAGGCUUGAUUUCUGUUUUUAGAGUUUCGCCUUGUUUCUUUGUCUUUCUCGUCGUCUUCCCCGCAGCUGCAUACGAUAAAGUCAACAGCAUCAAAACGAGGACCCAAAUGCCAAUGGGAUUGUCAUUUCAAAGAAUCCACCCACACCACUACAGGCACAUCCAAACGCUGUCACAAUUUAAGCGGGGGCCGAAGUUCACCAUGGGCGUCAAGAUCAAGUUUGGUGAUCCCAUGGCCGUCGAUGAAUACAAGGGGCCAGCACCAGGAACCUACAACGUCAAGGACACGGCAAACAGCAAGUGCCUACUAUUAUUUUGCGAUCCUUUCUAAAUCUAUUGAAAAAAAAAAGACUUGUUUCACUUUGCUCUGGAUUUGUUCGAGCAAGUAGAAAAGAAAAAUGGUUUAUUGUGCUAUAAAAUAAUCGUAAUUAUCGAGCUUGGAUCUUCUGAUACUGAUUUUUUUGGGAAAUCAGGGUGAAGGGCUUUCCGCACAUUUCCUUCGGAAAAGGCCGGCGGUUUCCGAAGAGGUUGGGCGACACACCCGCCCCAGGUGAGUACGAACCAGGUCAGCUGAGCUCUAGUUACCGUGUGACCUUCGGAAACGCACCACGCGACAAGAAGGAUCACAAGCAUCGGGAGCCAGGUCCAGGAACAUACGAAUUCCGGUCCACCGUUGGUAAUUGAGAUAAUUCUAGUACUUACUUUUGUUAUACUGAAUGCGUUUCAUCUUGAGUCAAAUACAAAUUGAAAUUGUUAUCCUCGGUAGACUCGUUCGAGAAAAAGUGAAAAACGCACUAUAUUAUUUGCAACAUUUUUUUUUUUUCGUAGCAACUUUUUAAUUGCCGCCUCGACCUUCCAAACGAAAACGUUAGGCCAUGGUCCCCGCUUCACUGCCCGUGGUCGGAAGGCAUUGCAGAAGUCCGUGUCCGAUUCCUCCAUUCCCGGACCGGGCGCGUACAGCAUUCCGCAGGCUUUCAGUAGCAUCAAGUGUGGGUUCGGAACUUCCACCCGCGACGUCGCGGGUCGGAUUGCCGGCCAGGGUCGACAGGGCUAUCCCGGACCCGGCGCCUACAACCUGCCCGGAACCUCUAUGGCGUUCUCAAACGUAGUUACACUCUCAGCUGUCACAUGAGCCAUUUGUCACGAUGCAGAAUCACUAUAUCUAUAACUACGCUUCGCAUGACAAGUUCGCGGCGCGCUAAAUAGCAUUAGAAUCUGUUCAAAUCUGUAACGCAAGACGCGCAAGGUUCCCCCACCCCUUUUGCUUUUGCUUUUCUUGCAUCGAUUCUACUCACCCCCAUUGGGUGUUGGGGUCCCGUCCUCCAAUGCAUGGGUAUUGCUUUUGGACUGUCCCCCUUCACGCCGAGCGUCAAAAAUUCAUGGGAUAGUUGAGAGUGUAAGAACGCUUGGGAAUCCCAUAGCCCUCGCUACGCCGAAAGUGACCGUGACGGGCCGCCCGGUCAGUCACAACAUCGAGACCUUCCUGACCCCGGGACCAGGGCAGUACAACGUCCACACGAGCGGGUUCGGGUACUAAGGACUAAGUGGUGCGAGGUGAAGUACUACUUCUUCAUGGACCGAAAUUCAUUUUGCUGCUGUCGCUGUAUUUAUUUGUUGAGGUGAUAUUAGACGGCAAAAGCUUCGUGAAGUAAGAAAAUGUGGAGUUCCUCGACCUCCGUGUUUGUCUUUGAGGUUCAGAUUUGAAUUUGCAGAAGAUGGAAAACUCUCCCAACGUUAAGAUAGCUAAACUUCCGACUUUCGACGAAAAAUGCAGUUUUUACUUGUUGAAUAAUACGAAUUUUCAAUGCUUGCAGAAUAUGAUUUGACGUUCACUUGACAAUCCGAGAGCUAGUAUACCACGCGGGCUUGCCCUUGCAGCUGUACUGCUGGCUCUUUAGCUAUUUUAUUUCCUGUGACUUCGGCUUGACAGACACACAAGAGCACUUGCUUAGUUACCCAAACGUUUUAGGUAAUUUCAACCGAAUUGCCCGAGAUGUUCCACUUCAGAUAUACCAGAAAAUCCGCUACCACCAAUACAUUUGUUUACCCCUGUCAUAUGUUGUUAUUAGCAAUGUUAGCAAACUUCAAACUCAAAUGCAAAAUCGAAAAUGAUUGAAUGACUAUGAGAAGUUGUCUUCUAGUGCUGGAGUUUCAGUUUCAGCAAGCACUCCGGUCUCUGCAAGAACUUCGAAAAUACUUAUCAUCAAUCCUGUAUACCAGUAAGUACACUAACGGUUGUAUGUGUAUCUGAGUAUUUGCUUAUAGAGGAGGUAAAGACAUUGAGAAUCCUGAUGCAGAAAGAUUGCGACCAAGAAAUAGCACACACACUAGCAGAAAAAUCCAGAGAGGCUAAUAAUCUACCUGUACAUACAAAGCUAGAACUUGAACUGCUAUUCGUAAAGAUUCGGCGCGGACUAAAAAUUUACGUGCUACGUGGGCUUUGUCAUGGUCUUGUACUGUUGUAUCGCAUCAUGCUGUAGAAGAAUCAAUGAAUAGGAACCUAAAGGUACAAGCGCAAGGAAAGCGCACCUGCUCCUGUGAGCAGGCUUCAUUUUUCAUCAGGC